AUGGCACCUUGGGUAAACAGGUUCAUCCCAUUUCUGGGCUACCACCAUGUGCUCAUGAUCCUGCUUGUUAUUGCUAUCGUACUUCUGUCAAUCCUAAUGGCUGGCUGCUCCAACUCUUCAACCAUGCAAAACGUCUACCUUCUUUCCCUUUCAUACGUCGCUAACGCAACGAGCAAUUCACCCCCAGAUCCUAACCAGCUAAACCCCGGGAUCAACAAAACCUUCACCAAUCUUACUUCCACUAGCAAUCCCUCACUCAUUGUCCGAGUCGGCUAUUUGGGAAUCUGCAUCAGUGUCAUUGACAGCCAAUGGCUCUGUUCGAACAGUGGAAAUGUCCUAGCAAACUCUCUUCGAGUCGGAUUCAAAAGUCUAAACGCACACAAAACUGAGGACAUCGACCCGUUGAAUUUACUAUGGAUUGCGGCGACGUUCAAGGAAAAGAUUGCGUUUAACGGAUUGAUGCUCACUGCUAUACCUGUGGCAUUCAUCGUAUUCAUCCUUCUUUCUACCUUCCCGGGCUGGCACGAGGAAGAAAACGAGGAUGGAUCAGAUAUCGGGGUUAAGCCCUUUCCAUCAACUGCAGUCAUGAGAGCCGCGAUCACUCUGGUCGUCGUAGGCUCUGUCUUUUCGUUCAUCUCGAGCCUUCUACAACACGUCGGUAGCGCAGCGGCAUCGGCCAUGGCCGAGAAUUUGGCGUACGGAUCUGUGAAGGGGCAUGUCGGUGUGGCUGGAAUGGUCCUGGCCUGGAUUGGCACUGUACUUUAUCUUUUGGUGGCUGGAGGCUUGUGGAUGAUGGUGGACUCCAUCUCAGCUUUGAAGGGACUGAUCCAAUACCCUGAUUCAGAUCUUGAUGGCUCGGUUGAUUGA